CGUUUCCGUUAUUGUUCUCUUGACUAACCAAACAUAACGUUAAAGAAUUGCUGAGCCUCGGAUCUGUUUUUACCCUAUACACCAUUUUCUAUAUAUAAAAGAAAAAAAGAUUUUUUUUUCCUGUGAUCUUAAAUUUCCAGAAACCUCGUCGACAUCAAAGAUCUCACUCUCAGUCUUUGUCUUCACUCACACACCUUCUCAAGCAAGUUACCGACUUUAUCUUUCCACUCGCACACCUUCUCAAGCAAGUUACCAACUUUAUCUUUCCAUAUCUAUAUAUUGGAUAAACAUAUAUAUUUUGGGGGUUUAAGCUUAGGGUUUUUGGGAGCAACACAAAAGUAAACAGAAGAUGCAGCAGACUCCGCAGAUGAUCCCGGGGGUGCCUUCAUUUCCACCUUCAAACGUCACUACCGAGCAGAUUCAGAAGUUUCUUGAUGAGAAUAAAAAGUUGAUUCUGGCAAUAUUGGACCAUCAAAACCAUGGGAAACAUGUUGAGUGUGCCCAGUAUCAAGCUCAGCUUCAGAAAAAUUUGAUGCAGCUAGCCGCGAUUGCUGAUGCACAACCACCAGCGCAAACAUUGCCAACUCAGAUGUCACCACAUCCUGCUAUGCAACAGGGAGGAUUUUACAUGCAACAUCCUCAGGCAUUGGCAAUGGCUCAGCAGCACGGUGUUUUUUCCUCAAAGAUGCCAUUACAAUUUAAUAAUCCACAUCACAUACAUGAUCCACAACAGCUACAUCAGCAGCAGCAGCAGCAGCAAGCCUUCCAGAUGCAAAUGGGAAUGAGACCUGUAGGCCCCCCCAACAAUGGCAUGAAUCCCAUGCAUUCUGAAGCCACACUUGGAGGUGGUAGUGGCGUUGGCCCCACUUCAACUGCAGGACCGAAUGAUAUGCGUGGUGGAAGCACCGACACGGGGACAACUGGCACUGAUGGUCAUGGGAACUCCGCUGCUGGGCAUGGUGGUGAUGGAAACUCCCACUAGAAGGGAACUCCGCUGCUGUGGCUGUUUAUAGUAGGCCUCUCUUACCAUAGGACUGGCAUUGCUGUAGUGAUAUUUUAAUUCCUUGAGUUUAGGAUUGGCAGGUCUGCUGUUGUUUCCUUUUAGCUUCAAUAGAUUAGUCAGGUUUCAUAGCUCUUAGCUAGCCAAUGCAGGGAACUGAUGGGAAAAAGUUUUGAGUGUCUUGUAGAAUGGGAAAGAGGAAGCUUGUGGUCUGAUCUUGUAUGUUUAAAGCUAGCAAUUAUAUGCAGUCUGAGAGUGUUUGUCUUA